UUGGCUGAGUGUCAAACACUCGUAACUCCAGCAGCCUCCCUCUGUCUGUCUCUCUGCGGGUUUAUACAGACUGUCUCUCUCUAACAGGAACAUUUAUUUAUAUUAAUACUCUUUAAUCACAGUUUCUGCUCUCUGGAUUAUAUUUAUAUUAAACCGCGGGAGGAAAACCAGCCUGAGAACUUCAGCAGGAGGAUCUUCUCAUCAUUUCGGAAUGGAUGACGUUCCUUAUUGCAGAUGGAGUUGAUGGACGGCGUUUUUCGCUGGUUGAGAGGUUCUGAGCCAUUCUGAGAGGCUCUGAGACGUUCUGACACGCUCUGACACGCUCUGAGACGUUCUGAGAGGUUUUGAGACGUUCUGAGAGGUUCUGAGACAUUGUGAGAGGUUCUGAGACAUUCUAAAAGCCAUAAACUCUCAGCAGUGUUCAGGGAAAUCCUACUUAGCCAGUUUUUGGUUACAUUCUGAGACAUUCCUAGACGUUCUGAGACAUUCUGAGAGGGUCUGAGACGUUCUAAAAGCCAUAAACUCUCAGCAGUCCUCAGGGAAAUCCUACACAGCCUGUUCUUGGUGACGUUCUGGAUGGAGUUACGUGGUUGAGGUGAUGAUUGAGACGUUCUGAGAGGCUGCAGGAUGCUGUGGACGGUGAUCGUGUGAAGACGGUCUGUAACGUGUCUCUCUGAGCUGGACGGGAGACAUGGGGAAAGAACAGGACCUCCUGCUGGCUGUGAAGAACGGAGACAUUCUCUCAGCUCAUAAACUCCUCGCCAAGAUCAAGACCAACCGCAACAAGUUACUGGGCUCAACUAAGAGACUCAACGUCAACUACCAGGAUUCAGACGGGUUCUCAGCACUACAUCAUGCAGCUCUUACUGGAACCGUCGACCUGCUGUCUCUACUGCUGGAAGCCCAGGCUACGGUGGACAUCAAGGACAGUAACGGAAUGCGUCCGCUGCAUUACGCUGCGUGGCAGGGGAAGGCUGAGUCGGUGCUGAUGCUGCUGAGAGCCGGAGCUUCUGUUAAUGGAGUAUCUCAGGACGGACAGAUCCCUCUACACCUGGCCGCUCAGUACGGACACUAUGAGGUGUCGGAGAUGCUGCUACAGCACCAGUCCAACCCCUGCAUGGUCAACAAGGCCAAGAAGACGCCUCUGGACCUGGCCUGUGAGUUCGGGAGACUGAAGGUAGCACAACUGCUGUUGAGCAGCAACAUGGUGGUGGCUCUGCUGGAAGGAAAUGGACGAGACAACACACCCCUGCACCUCGCUGCCCGAAACGGCCAUAAAGACAUCAUCAGGCUGCUGCUGAAAUCCGGAAUCGACAUCAACAGAACCACUAAAGCCGGAACGGCGCUUCACGAGGCGGCGCUGUACGGGAAAACCGAAGUCGUGAAGCUGCUGUUGGAUGCCGGGAUUGAUGUGAACAUCCGUAACACCUACACCCAGACCGCCCUCGACAUCGUCAACCAGUUCACCACCUGCCACGCCAGCCGAGACAUCAAACAGCUGCUCAGAGAGGCGUCAGGAGCUCUGCAGGUGAGAGCGCUGAAGGACUACUGGAACCUCCACGACCCGACGGCUCUUAACAUCCGAGCUGGAGACGUCAUCAUGGUUCUGGAGCAGCACAUAGACGGGCGUUGGAAGGGGCACAUCCAUGACAGUCAGAGGGGAACAGACCGAGUGGGCUUCUUCCCCCCGUCCAUCGUGGAGGUGAUUCACCGAAGGGGCGCUCUCUCCCGCCAGGCCUCACUGCCCAACCAAAGACAUCACACCCUGGCCCGAGCCCCUCCCCCCCGCAGCCCUAACCCCGCCCCCCAUACCGACGACUCUUACACCCUCUACGCCUCCACGCAUCCUGCCCUACCUCCACACAACGGCCUGGACCAGCAUCCAGGUUCGCCUCCCGAAAGCCCCAGUGCCCUGUGUAUUCCAGCUAGCCCCACACAGCCAGAGGACAUUUGGGUCCUCAGGACCUCCCUGACCGGUGAUAGGAACAGUGUUGGGAGUGCGGGCAGUAUCGGGAGCAGUCGCAGUGCCGGCAGCGGGCAGAGCACUGACGCCAACUUCACCAACACCACCCAACACCUGCCCGGCACUGCUGCACACGACAUCAGCAAGAUGGCGCCCUCUGGUGGAGAAGCAGCUGAACAGCACAGUCUGAAUCCUGAUCUCAUCAAAUCUGAGUCUGCAGGAGCUCCAGGUCGCAGGCAGGUACUGAGCAGCUCCAGACCUGCAGAGCAUGGGUUCACUCCACACCUUCACACCUGUCCACAGCAGCUACUGGAGGGCAGGGAUGCAGAGGCCAUCUACCAGUGGCUGAGUGAGUUUCAGCUGGAGCAUUACACAGCGAACUUCCUCACAGCGGGAUACGAUGUUCCUACCAUCAGCAGAAUGACUCCUGAGGAUCUCACAGCUAUUGGUGUAACAAAACCCGGCCAUCGCAAGAAGAUCUCAAUGGAAAUCAGCAACCUGAACAUUCCAGAGUGGCUCCCAGAUUAUAUUCCAUCUGAUAUCGGUGAAUGGCUGGGAACUAUUGGACUCUCUCAAUACCAGAAGAGAUUAGCAGAGAACGGCUAUGACUCCGUUAGCAUUGUGCGAGACAUCACAUGGGAGGAUCUGCAGGAAAUAGGCAUAAACAAGCUAGGACACCAAAAAAAGAUGAUGCUUGCGGUGAAGAAGCUGUGUGACGUCCAUAAAGCCCGGAAGAACCUGGCUGAAGGUCAGAGCAUCAUACAGCACAGAAAAGCUCCUCCCACUCUAGAGCUGGUGGCUAUCGAACCACCGGACAGCGCUGAUGCCCCAUCUUCACCCAAGAUGCUCACCUUCCAGGACAGCGAGCUGAGUGCCGAGCUGCAGAGCGCCAUGACCCAGAGCGGCAUCGCCCAGAGCGGCUACGCCGGGUGCCAGGAGGACCUCGGUGGAGCCGUGAUUGGGUCAGUCGUGUCCAUCAGCCAGGAAAGCACUCGCUCGUGGGGCUCUGGACGCUCGCAGGAGCGCCCCCUUGCUUCAGUCACCCCGCAUAGCCGCUCAGACGAGAACCUGAGCCCAGAGUCCAGCCCUUUUACGGAACGAUACGCCAUUUCUGAGAUUCCGCGUCUACAGCAGCAUCAUCAUCAACUUCAACAAUCAAACCCAAAUCAACCUCCAUCUCCGAGCCCUACGUCAACAACACGAACGCCACCAGUGACGCCAAGCAAGACGUCGCAAAUGCGCUUCGUCUACCCUUCCGUCCAAUCCAAGCCCAGACCAGGAGUCUCCACAGCUUUGCCGCAACUCAUCGUUGUUUCUCAUGGUUCGCCAAUCCAAAGAGGCUUCAGCUACCUACAACCCCAACCCCAAACCCAGAACCAGACCAUGAUCCAGACUACAACUGCCAGACCCUUACCAGGGAGUGGAGAACCACUCUACCGCCCCAAGAAGCGAACCCAAAGCUUGUCGCGCUACGCCCUUUCCGAUGGCGAAGCUGAAGAUGAAGAGUAUCCAGCAUCGUCAGUCACCAAUCUGGCGUCUUACGCCACGCUAACGCGCAAGCCCGGUCGCAGCCUGCCACCUGUCGCCACUGCAAUCUCUGCCAAUGCUGCCAGCGAACGCCAUGUAGGGCGUAGCCAUUCUUUCGCCAUUCGGGCUAGAAGGAAAGGUCCGCCUCCUCCGCCUCCAAAACGCAUGAGCUCCGACCCCAGCUCGGUAAGUAGUAACAGCAGUAGCAGUAGUAGUAGCGGGGUGGAUACAGAGAGCGCCGGAAGUGUCCGAAGCAUCGCGGCCAGGCUGGAAAGCAGUGGAGGAGGAGGAAGCCCAACCAAAACUGUCCCUACCAGCGCCACCAAUGCCUCUACGCCAACCCCAACCAGAGCUAUCCGAACCAUCAGAAGAAGAACCACCAGUGAGCCCUCCUCUACCGAACCCUUCUCCAGCGAUCCCUUCUCCAGCGAUCCAUCCUUCACCGAUCCCGCCGCAGCAACCGAGUUCAACGUUAAAUCUGAAAACCACGACCAAACCAUAAAAAAUCUCCAGCCCAAACCAGACCCUGCAGUUUCCAGACCCCCUCCAGGGACCCGGACUCAAAGCAUUCCAUUCGCCGAGGAAGGAAAAGUGACCAUAAAGCAACGACCAAAAAUAUCUCCGGCUAAAACCGACGCUGACGUCGCUCCCGAAUCCCCGAAGUCCGCCCUGCCGCUCAAAUCGGCCCUAGAGCUCCCCGAGUUCAACCUCACCGAGUCGGACACGGUGAAGAGGAGACACAAACCCCGAGAGAAAGAUCUGAACACGCCCAGCCCCGGCACACACAGCGCACCGGAACCGGAGAACUUCCUGCCGAGCCUCCAGAACGAGAACAGAGAACCAGCGAAGAACAUCCAGAAACCAAACCUCAGCCCCAAACCUGUCUCUCCUCACAAACCCCCCACCCCCUGCAAACCCACCCGCCACUCAGCUGCAGCUUCUUCAGCAUUAGCAGAAGGAUCUCCUGUAAGGUCUGUAAAGAAGAGUCAGAACUCUGCGUUCACUCUCUCGUCUCCGGCCGGAACCGUGGCCGUCUGCUCCCCCAUCUUCAUCCCCCCGGACCAGAAGAGCAAGGUCCCGUCCCCGGCCGCAGGACAGGUCCCGGACCAGCUGGUCCACAAGCGUCUGGAACAGACCAGCAGCUCUCUGGAGGAAGCUCUGAAAGUCGUGGAGAAGAAGUUAGCUCAGGAGGAUCAGACAGACAGUGGCGUUUACACGGUGAAGUCUGCAGGAAACAUCCUGGAUGACAUCGGGAACAUGUUUGAUGAUCUCGCCGACCAGCUGGACGCCAUGUUGGACUGACCCCAUUCUGCCACCGUCUGCCGGCCGGGUCUCGUGGUCUAUUUGGGGUAUUUCGAGGUGCUCUGCUGGAGAAUAAACCUCCCCAGCCUGGUGAAUCUGCUGAACACUGUGAGAUUCACUCUUUUUUAUUGCUUCUCUGAUGGCUUUAGUUCCAGAUGGGCACUAAAUCACAGAAUUCAGGGAGGCGUGCGGCGCCGGACUCCAGCCUCUGGCCCGCGGACUCUGUAAGAACCCGAGGGCUCGCGCCGCGGCUCAGACCGGCGCUGGAGAAGCGGUGCGGCGAGACGUGAGCCUCCCAACAGGCCUGAGCUUAUCUUCUCAGCUGGUUCUUCAGCAGGGCAGAGAGUGUGCCCUUUCUGCUGCUGCCGCUACUUUAUAGCACUUACUUUUUGAAGCUACCGUGUCUGAGCUCUUUGAGGAGACACACUUUCAUUUCCUGUCGAUCUCAGACCCCAUCGUGCCCCUCUAGGCAUGAGAGAAAGUGGAGAAAAACAUAAAAAAUAUCAAAAAUAUCAGAAAUAUCAAAUAUAUGACCUCUUCUACAUCCAGCAGAUACAGAACGCCUGAUUUUCUCUAUUGAUUUUAGUGAUAACGUCUGUAGAUGUGCUGACUGGGAGGCUCAUGCAUGCUAAAAGCACACAGGUGAAGGUGAAGGUAGAAAGGUAAAGGUAGAAAAGUCACUGAUGCAUGCAUGCAUAUAUGCCAUGCAUACACUACCGGUCCAAAGUUUUACUUUUCUUAAAAUUUAAUCUCUUCAGGUUUAGUCAGUAAUCGGAAAUGGUUGAAAAUCCACUUUUAGUAAACUUCCAGGAAGCAUUAAAGAAAACAAAUAAAACAAAAACUAAAAAAAAUAGUAAUUUUAGUAUUGCAAUAAAAAAAGAGAAAAAUAUUAGUAUGUUGUAAAAGUAGGAAUUUUAGCAACAGUUUAUAGCUCUUAAGUAGCAUCGGAAAUAAACUGAUCUUUUGGAAAUAGAUUCAAAUAAUGCACUUUCAUCAUAAUAAUAACUAGAAAAAGACCCAGAAACACAGAGAACUCUGUUAAAACUAUAGAAACUAAAAGUAGAAGUUCUUUCUUUCUUUAGGGAAAUUACAGAUACAGAAGGGAGAGAGCGGUGAGUACUGUUUCUACACCUUCAC